AACACGAGCACACCAGGAAAAAUUAAACAGGAGAGAAGGGAGAAAACUUCUCAGCGGCGGAAAGCACCGAUUUUAGACCGUCCACGUUUUUCUUUUAUUCCUGACUUUCUGUAAAUAUAAUGGUGCUUUUAGUUGAUCUACGGGGCUUUUUUCAUACAGACUUUUUCACGAUUUGAAACGAAGUGCUGGUAACCGUUUCUUAAGUCCUUGAUUGUUCAGGUAGAUACACGGUGAUAGUUACCCGGACUGAUCGCUAGCGUCUCUCGUCUUUAUUAGAAGCUGUUAGGCAGUUUUACCGUUUUUCUAGUGUAUGGAAGAACUGAUUCGUCCUUGAUAAGACCUCAAGAAAUCCGCUCAUCAUGUCGAUGGGUUAUGUAAGCCCACUGCUGCAAAGCAAGAGGGGCCGAGAGGGAGAUCAAGAAGAAUGGGACUUCCGGGCGAAAAGAGUGUGCAAUGGACUGGAAAGCUGUGUCCAGGUUGAAUAUGAUGCCUUAACUGAGAGCCCAAUGGACACCUGGGAGACCCAGCAGGUCAACCCCCUGAAGGACACAAUCAAGAACCACCACAUGUCCACUAAGGUGCUGUCAGCUCAGAAAGGCAGUGCUCAACAGUGUUGCCCCAGAUGCAUGGCAGGAGAACCGGGCCAUAUAAAUCAUAUCAUGCAGAGGUAUUGAUCACGAGGUCAGGCGGGUCCUGCAGACGAUGAAUAAGGAAAAAGACUGAAGGGAACGGGCCAGUGAGAGGAGGAGUAGCCUGCACUUUGUCCGGCUCUUAUCACAGCACAUGUUGUGCCUUGUUUAUCCUCGUUUAUUGCUCAGAAGUACUGUAUUACUCUAUGGUAAAGUCACCUGUAGCUUAUAUUAGCACCCGAUUGACUGCACAGCUAAUGGAAGGGCUGACCACAGGACAUUAGUACUAAUUUUCUAUUCUUACAUUCAAUACGAAUGGUAAUUUGGGUACUACUACAGUGUAGUUUGAGGGAAAUGCAACCAUUAUGAUUAAUGAAAAGCCAUAUACCACUGCCUGGCCUAAGAGACUUAUUCCUUUUUUUAUUUAGUACAGAUUAAAUGCAAUUGUGUGUGUUUGACAUGGUUUCCCAUGUCUUCACAAAAUGUAAUAAUCAUUUUAUAGGUGAUUUUGUAGAUUCCUUGUACCUUUGUGAAAAAGGGAUUUUUUUAAGUUAGAAAUGGCCAUUUUAAGUGUAGAUUUCUAUGUUUUUUUCACAGAUUUAUUUGCUCUAUUGUUGAUUUAUCCAGUUGUGUUUCACAUUAUUGCACUGAACUCUUUAAAAGUAAGUGACAAAUUGUUGUUAUGAAACUCUAAUGUACAAAUAUUUUCAGUUCAAGCCAAGAAUGUAAAACCCUCUUUCAGCUUUUUGUAUCUUUUAUCCACAAGACUCCACAAGUAGAUAUUGAAGUUUUAUCUACUAUUGUAUUUUCUUUCCCUUUUAAGGUCUACAUUCUGAAGUGUUCCUUGUUAGAAGGAAAGGGUGGGUCAGUAGCCUCUUGUUGUAAUGACCUUUUCUUUUAACCGGAUACAAGUAUGUAAUAUAUUACAUAAAGUCUAAUUUGAGUAA